UCGCGCCCCGGGCCGUCCCACCCCCUCCUCCCGCCGAGGAUCCGUCAGACAGCGAGGCCCCCGGCCGGGGGCAGGGGGGACGCCCCCUCCGGGGCACCCCCCCGGCUCGGAGCCGCCCGCGGGCUGGCCUCGGCGGGGAGCGGAGAAAGGAGCCGCCGAGGAGCAGCCCGAGGCCCCAGAGUCUGAGACUAGCCGCCGCCGCCCCCGCCGCCGCCGCCGCCACUGCGGGGAGGAGGGGGAGGAGGAGCGGGAGGAGGGACGAGCUGGUUGGGAGAAGAGGAAAAAAAGUUUUGAGACUUUUCCGCUGCCGCUGGGAGCCGGAGGCGCGGGGACCGAUUGGCGCGGCGCUGCCCUGCCAAGGAGGCAGGACUCGGGGACCCCAGACCGCCCCCACCAACGCCUCGGACGCUUGCUCCCCCCUGCCCCCUCCACGGCGUCCCCCAGGCUCCCCCAUUCCGGACCAGCCCUCAGGAGCCGCCAGCCCGGACUCCCGCGAAGACUUGAGCCCAGACCUCGGGCGCACCCCCCUGCACGCCGCGCCCCCACCCCCAGCCUCUCUCCUGAGCCCCCGCGCAUCCAAGGACCCUUCUCCUCUGGGAUCCGGGAGACGGGAUAUCUCUCAGACCUGCCUCAACUCCCCUCCUCAAGACCACCCACCUCUGGUACCAGAUCUCGCCCAUCUCGGUUUUUUCCUUGGGAUACCGAGAAACCACCCAUCAGAGCUUCCCCUCCACCUCCGCUCCGUUCUCCCUGAGGGCAUCAAGCCCCCCACCCCACCCCGACCCUCCUACCUUUCUUCGGGAGACCCCCCAGCCCCUGUAGGGGCGGGGCCUCCCUUUUCCCACCCCAGCCGGGCUCACGCUCUCGGCAGUGCCGGGGGCGCUGCCUCCCCCAUGCCGCCCUCCGGGCUGCGGCUGCUGCCGCUGCUGCUGCCACUGCUGUGGCUACUAGUGCUGACGCCUGGCCGACCGGCCGCGGGACUGUCCACCUGCAAGACCAUCGACAUGGAACUGGUGAAGCGGAAGCGCAUCGAGGCCAUCCGCGGCCAGAUCCUGUCCAAGCUGCGGCUCGCCAGCCCCCCGAGCCAGGGGGAGGUUCCGCCCGGUCCGCUGCCCGAGGCUGUGCUGGCCCUGUACAACAGUACUCGCGACCGGGUGGCCGGGGAGAGCGCCGAGCCGGAGCCCGAGCCUGAGGCGGACUACUACGCCAAGGAGGUCACCCGCGUGCUAAUGGUGGAAACCACCAACAGAAUCUAUGACAAAAUCAAGAAAAGCCCGCACAGCAUAUAUAUGCUCUUCAACACAUCGGAGCUCCGAGAAGCGGUGCCCGAGCCCGUCCUGCUCUCCCGGGCAGAGUUGCGCCUGCUGAGGCUCAAGUUAAAAGCGGAGCAGCACGUGGAGCUGUACCAGAAAUACAGCAACGAUUCCUGGCGCUACCUCAGCAACAGGCUGCUGGCGCCCAGCGACACGCCAGAAUGGCUGUCCUUCGAUGUCACUGGAGUCGUACGGCAGUGGCUGAGCCACGGAGAGGAAGUAGAGGGCUUUCGCCUCAGUGCCCACUGUUCCUGUGACAGCAAAGAUAACACACUCCAAGUGGACAUCAACGCAGGGCUCAGUUCCAGCCGCCGAGGUGACCUGGCCACCAUUCACGGCAUGAACCGGCCCUUCCUACUCCUCAUGGCCACCCCACUGGAGAGGGCCCAGCACCUGCACACCUCCCGGCACCGCAGGGCCCUGGACACCAACUACUGCUUCAGCUCCACGGAGAAGAACUGCUGCGUGCGGCAGCUCUAUAUUGACUUCCGUAAGGAUCUGGGCUGGAAGUGGAUCCACGAGCCCAAGGGCUACCACGCCAACUUCUGCCUGGGGCCCUGCCCCUACAUUUGGAGCCUGGACACGCAGUACAGCAAGGUCCUGGCCCUGUACAACCAGCACAAUCCUGGUGCGUCGGCGGCGCCGUGCUGCGUGCCACAAGCGCUGGAGCCCCUACCCAUCGUGUAUUACGUGGGCCGCAAGCCCAAGGUGGAGCAGCUGUCCAACAUGAUCGUGCGCUCCUGCAAGUGCAGCUGAGGCCCCGCCCCGCCCGGCAGGCCCCGCCCACCCGGCAGGCCCGGCCCCGCCCCUGCCCGCUGCGCCGGGCUGUAUUUAAGGACACCACGCCCCAGGCCGCCCUGGGAGUCAUUAAAGGUGGAGAGAGGAUUGGGGUC